AUGCUAGAUUACCAGUCGCUGGAUAAACUUGCUGUGCCCAAUGACAACUUGUUCGAGUUCACCUUCAGCGCACCAAUCAUGGAACAGCCCAAAUCAAUGGGCCGGAAAUCAACGGAAAUUCUGCCAGUCAAGACAUUCAGCUCACCCUUGUCAAAUAUUCUCAGACCUCUUCCGCCGCCGAGAUCAAGUUCUAGUCGAGUGGGGGACAAAAGAUUUCAUGGUCCGAUAUAUAUCGACUUGACGCAGGAUGACCCAAGCCCUAGUCCUGAAAAGGCUUCAGCGGCUGUAACUGGAGAAGAUUUUGCUGUGCCCCAUAAAGCCAAAUCUGGGCAGGUUGCCCCCGUCAACCGCCAGGGCUCAAAUGACACAGUCAACCCACGGUCGCCAUCCAUAUUGGCCGCAGCGUCUGACUUGCCCUCCACAGAUCACCCAUGUGAAAUGGUGACUCGUGAUAAUCCCCGCACUCCAGGCAAGAAACGAAAGCAUGAUGACAGGUCUCCAGACACCCCGAAUGGUGUUCACCAAGAUUCAGUGACCUGUUCUAUAAGCACUUCCGGUCCGAGUCUAGCGCAAGGAGUCAUCGUAGACGACAAUCCGCUUGCCUCGCAAGUUCCCCGGCAGGCGAACAUCUCAAGACCUCCAGGAAUUGCCGCCAAGAUCAAAGUCAAGCCAUCUCGAUUUGACCCAUCUGCGUUUGACACUGCUAUAUAUCAGCAACCCGGUGCGGCGCCUCCUCCUGCCGGGGUGGUGAUAGGUCCGCGUAUAGAAUGCAGGUCUGCGAGCGAAGACCAAGGCCGUUACAUGUACGCAAACCCGGCUAUUCACGGAAUGCACAACAGAUCUGAAGCAUGGCACGAGAAAAUGGCGCUCGAGAUUCAGUCACGCGGUGGUCGUAAGUUUUGGCUCGGCAAAGUUGCUCCUCGUCUGCGAUGGUUGCGAAGGGAGCGGACCGAAUCUUUCAAAGUGAAGGGCGUGACGGGUAAUCAAAUGCCACGACGCUCUGAUCCGGAGCCACAAGGCUAUAGGAGGCCCCUUGAUUUUGGGGAUGUGCCCGAGCUAGAACUCCCCGAGAAGGUACGGCAGAAUCCAGACUGGGUAAAGGCUUGUGAAUGGAUGAGACAGCAACGAAAUAUGCAAGGCGUGCGGCACCGCGAAUCCAAAAGAUGCGAGCAGGAAGCGAAUGAAUACUACAUGAUCAUUUCGCAGGGAGGAGUUCCCAACCUGGAGACAAAGGGUGUUGAGUAG